AUGCCGCGCAUGUCCACCUACCGCGAGCCUAAGCAUCCACCACGCCGCCGUUCCCGGAGCCAAAACGGCCAUAACAGUCCUCUCCCACGCGAUGAAUCAGAUUAUGACGUACCUGCUCCUGAACCCAAGAAGCGUCUCAGUAGCCUUGAAGGGCACAUGGUAGCAGCCAGCGGAGAGUUCGUUGGCACUUUCAUGUUCCUCUUCUUUGCUUUUUCCGGUCAACUCAUGAUCACCAAUCAAGCGAGUGACCGAUCAAUCCUAAACGGUGGGACGAGCAGUCAGCAGAGUAUCUUUACAGCCUUAGUGUAUGGGUUUAGUUUGUUGGUUAAUGUCUGGGCUUUCUUUCGGAUUAGUGGAGGGUUGUUUAAUCCUGCGGUAACGAUUGGUAUGGUAGUUGCCGGUCAACUCCCCUUUAUACGUUCUCUCUUUCUCGUUCCUGCUCAGCUGCUCGCAUGCAUGUGUGCUGGCGGACUCGUCGAAUGCAUGUUUCCCGGAGACAUUGGUGUUGUCAACACUUCACUAUCCGGCGGUACCACCAUCGCCCAAGGUGUUUUCAUCGAAAUGUUCAUGACUGCCGAACUCGUCUUUGUCGUUCUGAUGCUAGCUGCCGAGAAGAGCAAGUCCACCUUCAUAGCACCCAUCGGAAUUGGUCUGGCGCUUUUUGUCGCCAUGAUGGGCGGGGUCUACUUUACGGGCGGUUCACUUAACCCGGCACGCAGUUUCGGUCCUGCUGUCGCUUCACGGUCGUUUGUCGGCUACCACUGGAUUUACUGGGUUGGCCCUAUACUUGGUGCGCUCCUUGCUUCGGCAUACUAUCGCUUUGUCAAGCACUUCAACUACGAACAGGCGAACCCUGGCCAGGAUUCUGCGGGUGGUCACUUCUCUGCAUAA